UCAAGCGGGAAAAUUAGAGUCUCCACCCAGUUUGAGAAGCGUUCCUGUCCCUGGAAACUGGACUGAUAGACCCCACUCCUGCCUCACUUGCCCCGCCCACUUUCCUACCUCCGAUUGGCCAGAUCAAAUUUACUAACCGUUCUGGUUGGUCGAUUGUUCUUGGGCAAUUGCGCUGCAGGAUUUCGCGUCGUCGUGGACCUGCUGUUCGCCGCCGCCUCACUGCUGAGGACCUUUGCCCUUGUGGUUGGAGAAACACAGGCUGCGUCUCUUUGAGAUCAGACCGUUCCCAGUGCCAUGAACAGAGACAGUUCCUUUGCAAAGAGCCUUAAGAAGGGUACCCGGAAAUUGGAGAAGGAAUGCAAGGCCUUCGAGGAUAUUUCCAAAUACAUCUGUAAGGAAGAGUGGGCAAAGCUGGGAUACUCCGAGAAAAUCACCUAUGUGUAUAUGAAGAGAAACUAUGACACCAUGACUAGUCUAGGUCUCAGGGCCAAACUCCCAGCUUUCAUGUGUCCUAAAAAAGGGAACACAAAAUCCCGUGGGCGUAAUUCUGGUAAAGGUCGGAACCCCAGGAAUCAAGAUGAACCUCCUCAGAAGGCUUCCAGUGUGCAACAGAGAAAACGCCAGAAGGUGAUGCGCAAGAAGCCAGCAAAGGAAAAGAAUGAUUCAAAGCCAGUACCAGUAACACCCGGCUCAAAGCAAGCUCACAAACAGCUGUUCCCCCUGGGAGAAGCAAGUACCUCUGGUCAACAGAGUGAGAAGACACCAGGACCCGGGGAGGGCAAGACUAAUGUCUGGGCCCACAGAUUGCGAGAAAGAACCCAGUAGCAUAUGAAGAGAUCAGUCAUCCUGAGGAAGAUGACUAACUCUCCUCAGGGAUGUGACAAGUGCCCAUGAUAAGAAGCAGAACCUGGCGGCCUUUCAUGAACAUGGGUGUGGCUGUGAACUCCUGGCCAUUAAGUGUAUAGCAAGUGAAAAAAAGUGUUCACAGCAGUGAAAAGUUCAGCACGAUUUUCCUUACUAUGUGCCAAACAUUCUGUUAGAUGUUAGAGUUUUGUUAAUGAGUAAGCCAUAUACCUAAUGCGUAUUUCUGUCUGUGUGUCCAUGCACCUACCUUAGAAAACAAGUAUCGUUAGAUGUUCUCUGCAUAGAACAGCACUACCCUCCCCUUCCCUGGGGAGAGGACUACUGAGGGCAGUUCUGGGCAUUUGAUUCCAGACGUUUUUCUCUGCAUUUACACACACACACACACACGCACACACACACGGGGUACCACUAUGUGCAUCUCCCACCUGCUUUCUCCCACUACCAGCGUGUCCUGGACAAGUCCCCCUCAUUCUGUUUCCUCUUCAACGGAUGCUUCAUGCUGCAAACUUCCAUUAUUCUUUACCCUGCAUUAGUCACUGACAAUUAAUAAACAUUGACAAGGUUU